ACGCGCCGUCGAGUCGGGAAGUAAAGCCCCAAACUGUAACAAAACAAAGCAAAGCGUCGUCUGAGAUAAUCUCCGUCACUUGCUUCCAAAUGGCUUCUCUUGGCGAUAUGAACGACAAAACCGCCGCUGAAGUCGCCAGUCUUCUUGCUCCGCUUCCAACUCUCCAACUCCAGGAGUAUUUCAAUCAGCUAAUAAGCAGUAGAAGAUGCAAUGGCAUCCAAGUGAAACACAACGGCACCUUCGGAAAAGGUGUCUAUGCAAAUACAGAGUUUCAAGAAGAUGAACUCAUUCUGAAAGAUCAGAUUCUCGUCGGUAUCCAACACUCAUCAAACAAGGUGGACUGUUUGGUUUGCAGUUUUUGUUUCCGGUUCAUCGGAUCAAUAGAGAAACAGAUCGGGAGGAAGCUCUAUUUCAAGAACAUGGGUCUCUCUGGUUGUUGUGGUGGUGCUGAUGAUUCAUCUGAAAGCGAGGAAGAUGAAUGCCUCAAGUACAAUGGAAAUGCAAGCAGCAGUUCAAAUCAUAGUUCUAUUCCACAAGGAGUCGUUAGUUCUCUGAUGAACGGUGAAAUGGCACUGCCCCAUACUGAUAACUACCCUUUGCCUUCUCCUCUUUCGUGUCCCGGAGGAUGUCAGGAGGCUUUUUACUGCAGUGGAUCAUGCGCAGAGGCAGAUUGGGAAAGUUCUCAUUCUUUACUCUGCACUGGUGAGAGGUCUAAAUCAGUAUCCAGAGAGGCUCUUGGAGAGUUUAUUAAACAUUCUAAUGAGACAAAUGAUAUCUUUCUCCUGGCUGCAAAGGCGAUUGCCUUUACCAUUCUGAGGUACAGGAAACUUAAGGCAGAACAUGUGAACAAACAAGCGAAGCAGAGUGUUUCAAAGCAAUCACUACUCUUGGAGGCAUGGAAACCAGUAUCUGUUGGAUACAAAAGAAGGUGGUGGGACUGUAUCGCAUUGCCAGAUGAUGUUGAUCCGUCAGAUGAAGGUGCCUUCAGAAUGCAGAUAAAGGAUCUUGCAUCCACGUCUUUGGAGCUUCUGAAGACAGCCAUAUUUGACAAAGAAUGUGAACCACUAUUCUCGCUUGAAAUAUAUGGGAACAUCAUCGGCAUGUUUGAGCUUAAUAACCUAGACUUGGUGGUAGCAUCACCAGUAGAGGACUAUUUCUUGUAUAUAGAUGAUCUUCCAGACGCUGAAAAGGACGAAGCUGAGGAAAUCACAAGACCCUUUCUAGAUGCUCUUGGUGAUGAGUAUUCAGACUGUUGCCAAGGAACGGCCUUCUUCCCUCUGCAGAGCUGUAUGAACCAUUCAUGUUGCCCCAAUGCAAAAGCCUUCAAAAGAGAAGAGGACAGAGACGGACAAGCAGUUAUUAUUGCAUUAAGACGCAUCAGCAAGAACGAAGAGGUGACAAUUUCAUAUAUAGACGAGGAGCUUCCGUACAAAGAGAGACAAGCAUUACUUGCAGAUUACGGUUUCACCUGCAACUGCCCUAAAUGUCUGGAAGAUUCAUCAGUUGCCUAAUUUUAUGUUUUUGAGGUCAUAAGAACAUGAACCUUCCCAGUUUUGCCUAUCUAAACCCUGAUUAGGGAAAUUUUCCCGGUUAAGGAACAAGUGUUUGUUUACUAUAUACACUUCUAUUUUUAAAAAAAGCUUCUUUACGCAAA